AUGGGAGGGAAUUCAUUGCAGUUAUUCAGUGAGCCUGUUGAGUUGCUUCAGUCCUCACAUCACUUCACAAUUCGGUACCAUCCUCAGGCAAAUGGGCUUGAAGAACGUACAAACCGGGUUGUGAAAGCUGCUCUGAGGUCGGUCGUCGGAGAUCGCCCUGGAACCUGGCACAAGUUUAUACCAGAACUGCGUGUAGAUCUCAGUUCUGCCAUACACCGGUCGACGGGAGAACAGCCAUUGUAUCUGCUCACAGGGAGACAUGCAUACUUCCCUGUGUGUUUAACAAAUGGAGCUUUAUUUGCUGAAAAUGAAGAUUUUCAAGAAAGGCUCAGGACUGCUCGGCGUGCUGCUGUCAACGCUUCAAGGGAUGCGCAAAGUGCAUAUGGGAGAUACUAUAACACACGUUCAAGGGGUAACUUUGUUCCUGAUGUAGGACAACUGGUGUGGUACAAAGAGAUGGUGCCACGCCCACUUGACCAAAGUGGCAGGGAUCUUGACUCUGAAAGGAUUCAAAGAGCUCACCUUAACAACCUUCGACCUUACAUUCCACCACUAGAACUGUCUCAUACUGAUGAGGCUGUUCCAGAAGUUGAGUAG